CGCGAAGAAGCGAGAUUGAUUUUAUAUAAAUGGAAUCAUCGGGCGCAUUUCGUAAGAGGAGACGAAUACAUCGCCUAAUUUUAGAAUCCGUCGCAUUCACAUUCGUUUGUGCAACGAGGAAAUAGAACCCACGGAUGUUUCAUAUUAAACACACAAUCGAUCAGUUUCAAUAAUAAUUAGCGGGAAUGUCUCUGACGAAACAAGGAAACAUUUUGCUUGACGAAUUUCGUCGUGUUGUGCACGACACUGUCUCGCAAGAGGAAUCACUAACGACUCAAUUUGCGAGACUAUCCGCGUCGAGUGAUAGACAAGGAAUGGUCAGGAUGCUUAUGGAAAUGUCCUAUGUGGCAAACUUGAAACCGGGCGACUCUUAUGAGGGUAAGAAUGACGCGCAGGCCGCGCAACUGUACGAGAAGUCGAUUAGGGCAGCAAUAGAGUCCAGGGAUGAGCACGCAGAGAUUAGAAUUAAUAUUCUCACGCAAGCACUGUUUGCGGCCAGUGCAAACGGUAGAGUGUUUCUAGAUGCGAUCUGCGAGCGCGCUAGGCGCUUCUACAGUCUGCGCGUUUAUGCGAGUUGUCUGCAAGACUGCGAGUGCAUGCUGGCACUUCCUGCGAGUUUCUAUGACGACUCUGCGGAGAAUGUUAAAUACUUCGUGCAGUGUAGGAAGGAAUGCCUUCAAUUAGAGCGAGAAUGUUUCCGAAAAUUGGAAGCCUUGUCCUCUAAGAAACGCGGCACCCGUAGAAGAAUGUCCUCUUCCUCUUCUUCCUUCUCUUUCCAUUCUUCUUCCAGCGGCACGUUGCCCACCAUUGAUGGCAAACCGCAUAGCUGUCUCGCGAGCUGCCCGGACAGCGUUGAGUUGCAGGUCGAUGAGGCCAGGGGUCGACACCUCGUGGCUACAAGAGACAUCAGACCGGGAACUGUACUCAUUGUCGAUCGGCCGUUUUCCUUUAGCACGGACGCAUCGGCUCUCGACAGGAAUUGUUUGCAUUGCCAUGCCACACUUAAACUAGAAGACAGCGUUAGAGUCCCAUGCCGCAAUUGUCAAACAGUUAGUAAAGCGCAUGAUUUAUAUUCGCGCAUGCUACGCGCCAUGUAUAUAGCGCCAGAUGUAGCUUUUUGCACAGAAGUGUGCCGCAAAGAAUCGUGGGAGAUGUAUCACCAAUAUGAGUGUUCGGUAUUUAAUUACUUCUUCAAAAAUUCGUUGAACAACGAACGACAACAAUCGUCUUAUCUCCUGUUAGCUUAUCGCACAACGAUUAUACAAGCGCUAUCAUUACGGAACAGAACAGAAACGACGUGCGUUUUGAAUCCUGAUUUCCUACGAUAUCAUGCUAAUGGUAAAGAUGAUAGCAAGGAGUGCGCGGACUUGGGAUCAAAAAGGAUAUACAGUCCUCUCGAUUAUCGAACGGUGUUUCAACUAGAGACUCAUUGCGCUGAUGUGGAACCUCACGUAAAUCUUAUUCGUACUGUUGAGGCGAUUUUUCUUACAAAAUGUUUGAUCUUGGUACUGAACAAACUAGACGUCGUUUGCACAACGGAAACAUUCAUUGUAUUAGCUGUCGCUAUGUUGCACCAUUUGCAGGCGAUUAACUGUAAUGCAUAUGAAAUUAUCGAGAAUGUCCACGAUGAGACAACGCACGUCUGGGAGCCCAGGAAUAUCGGUGCUGCGAUUUAUAGCACGGUCAGUCUCGUGAACCACAGCUGUUAUCCCAACAUAGUUCGCCAUUCUUAUCCGAACGGAAUAGUCGUGGUUAGAGCUCUGCGCUUCAUCGGCAAAGGAUGCGAGAUAUUCGAUUGUUAUGGACCUCAUUUUCUCAGCGAGAGCAAAUUGAACAGACGUGAUUUUUUGUGGAAGAAAUAUCGAUUCCUAUGCGGAUGCGAUGCCUGCAAACAGAACUGGAAAUUUCCGCUACCAGAAAUAAUGAAUUAUAAGUGCGCAGCGUGUUCGGAACCGAUAAAUCUCUCGAUAACGAAUCAGCGGUGUGCCAAAUGCGAGAAAAUUGUUGAUUUAAAGAGAAUCGAGAAGCAACUUUGUAAAUCGAUUCAAAAGAGACUGAGUGCUAUCGCGAAAAUGUAUCAGGGAAAUUAUAAAGACGCGAUGCCUCUGUUAUUCGAGCACGCGGACUUUGUCAACAAACACUUAACUAAACCGAACAUCGAAGAUAUCAAAACAGAACAAUGUAUCGUCCAGUGUUACAAUUCUCUUGGCUCUAUUUCCGUCUAAUAUUCUCUUAGUUGGUUUAUAACAAUUAUUUAAAGUACUGAAACAAUUACUUCAACGUUUAUUCUACAACUCUGUAAAAAACGCGACAUAAUCCAUUAAGAAUAGAUACAUCCAGUUUUUUUCUGGAAAAAAUUGGAAAAAAAUUGUGCAAUCAGAAAAACUAGAAAAUACACGAAACAAUAAUUUUCAAUUGCGUUAACAGUCUCGUUAACAGUUUCUGAGAUAAUGCAAGGUUAGACUACGUAAUUAAGAAGCAUAUAAUUCUCAUAAAAUGCGUGAUACAAAACAAAUUAUUCAAGAGUUAAUUGAUUUUCGUACGAUAUAUAUAGGUCAGCAUAUACAUCUAACGCUGAGUAAAAGAGCGAAUCUGAAUUAUAGUUCUUGUAGAUCAAAUAAUAAGACGGUUGUGCAUAUUAAGUACGAUGUUAUGUUUCUUUUAUGUUCAUACUAUAAAACUGGGUAACAUAACAUAUUAAGACCAUUGCUUUUCAAUAGCGAUACCUUACUUGCGUGAGAAAGACAAGAAUUAUAUACAAUGAUUCAUCAUAUACAUUGGUACAGUACAUCCAGUUGAUUAAAACACAGAGAUGCAAUACCUAAAUUCAACUAGAAUCCGGAUGUAAAGGUUUAGGCAUUCAAUUACCACAUGUGUGUUUCUCUAAUUUCACUAAUGAUGUGACCUGCUUGAGUCAAUGCCUGUAAAAUUAGAGUAAUUGUUAGAGAUCAAUUAUUAUAAAGAAAUGUAUUUAACUUUUUAUGUCAAAUAAAAAUACCUUAAGCAU